CCCCCGUCCAGCGGGUUCCGCUCUCAGUCCUGGUCUCGGGGCUCGGGCAGCAGCGUCUCCUCUUCUUACAAACGCCCCAAUUUGGGGGUCCCGAGGGGUCCUUACGGCUCCACCGUGCUGAGCUCGGCCGAGAGCCUGGAGCUGAGCCAGUCCUCGCUGCUGAACGGCGCGGCGGAGCUGAAGCUGAGACGCUCCAACGAGAAGGAGCAGCUGCAGGGGCUCAAUGACCGCUUCGCGGGCUACAUCGAGAAGGUGCAUUACCUGGAGCAGCAGAACAAGGAGAUCGAGGCGGAGCUGGCGGCCCUGAGGCAGAAACACGCCGGGAGGGCUCAGCUGAGCGAUGCUUACGAGCAGGAGCUGCGGGAGCUGCGCGGGGCCCUGGAGCAGGUGAGCCACGAGAAGGCUCAGAUCCAGCUGGACUCGGAGCACAUCGAGGAGGACAUCCAGCGCCUGCGGGAGCGCUUCGAGGACGAGGCGAGGCUGCGGGACGACACGGAGGCCGCGAUCCGAGCGCUGCGCAAGGAGAUGGAGGAGGCGUCGCUGAUGCGGGCGGAGCUGGACAAGAAGGUGCAGUCGCUGCAGGACGAGGUGGCUUUCCUGCGGGGCAACCACGAGGAGGAGGUGGGCGAGCUGCUGGCUCAGCUCCAGGCUUCCCACGCCGCGGUGGAGAGGAAGGAUUACCUGAAGACCGACCUGACCACGGCGCUGAAGGAGAUCCGAGCCCAGCUGGAGUGCCAGUCCGACCACAACAUGCACCAGGCCGAGGAGUGGUUCAAGUGCCGCUACGCCAAGCUGAGCGAGGCGGCGGAGCAGAACAAGGAGGCGAUCCGCUCGGCCAAGGAGGAGAUCGCCGAGUACCGCCGGCAGCUGCAGGCCCAGACGAUCGCAGAGCUGCUUCUCAGGGUGCUGGGAACUUCCCUGAAGUCUUUUGGGGAACUUUUUCCCUCCCUGGCCCUGCGCCGUGUCUGUGUCACAGGAGUGGGGGGGUUGUUUCUUUUCCCGUUGCAGGACACGAUUCAUCAGCUGGAGAACGAGCUUAGGGGAACCAAGUGGGAAAUGGCCCGUCACUUGAGGGAAUACCAGGACCUCCUCAAUGUCAAGAUGGCCCUGGAUAUCGAAAUUGCUGCAUACAGGAAGCUACUGGAGGGUGAAGAGACAAGAUUCAGUGCCUUCUCUGGAAGCAUCACUGGGCCCAUCUUUACACACAGACAACCAUCUGUAACAAUAGCAUCCACUAAAAUUCAGAAAACAAAAAUUGAGCCACCAAAGCUGAAGGUCCAGCACAAGUUUGUAGAAGAAAUCAUUGAAGAGACAAAGGUGGAGGAUGAAAAGUCUGAAAUGGAAGAUGCCCUGGCAGUUAUUGCAGAAGAAAUGGCAGCCAAGGCCCAGCAAGAAGAACAGGAGGAAGAAAAAGCAGAAGAAGCAGCUGUAGAGGAAGAAGCUGUUUCAGAGAAGGCUGCUGCAGAACAAGCAGCUGCACCUGAGGAAGAGAAGGAGGAAGAAGAAGCAGAGGAGGAAGAAGAAGCUGCCAAGUCUGACGCAGCGGAGGAAGGAGGUUCUGAAAAAGAAGAAAUAGAGGAAAAGGAAGAAGGGGAAGAGGCUGAGGAAGAGGGGGAAGAAGCUGAGGCCAAGGGGAAAGCUGAAGAGGCAGCAGCAAAGGCAGAGAAGGUCAAAACGCCUCCCUCAAAGUCUCCCCCCAAGUCCCCCGUGGCAGAGCCAGCCAAGGCUGCCCAGAAGGAAAAAGCUGCAGAAGCAGGAAAAGACCAGAAGGUGGAGAAAGGUGGUGAGAAACCAGCCAAGGAGGAAGAGAAAGCCCCAUCCCCAGAGAAGCCAGCAACACCAAAGGUAGCCUCUCCAGACAAGGCAGCAAGCCCAGAGAAGCCUGUAACACCAGAGAAGCCUGCGAGCCCGGAGAAAGCUGUGAGCCUGGAGAAGCUGGCCAGCCCAGAGAAGCCCCGUUCUCCUGAAAAACCAGCCAGCCCAGAAAAACCUCGUUCUCCAGAAAAGCCAGUGCCUCCUGAGAAGCCCCGUUCUCCAGAGAAGCCAGCCUCCCCAGUCAAAGCUGAAAAGGCUGCAGUGGAGGAGACCAUCACGGUCACAAAGGUGACAAAGAUCAGCGCCGAGAUGGAGAAGGAGUCCAGGAAAGAAGACAUUGCAGUGAAUGGUGAGGUGGAGGAGAAAAAGGAGGAAUCCAAAGAGAAGGAGGUUGAGGAGGAAGACAAGGGAGUUGUCACCAACGGCCUAGACGUGAGCCCAAUAGAUGAUAAGGGUGAGAAGAUUGUAGUGACCAAAAAAGCAGAGAAGAUCACAGGUGAAGGUGGGGACAGUACAACCACCUACAUCACCAAGUCGGUGACGGUCACUCAGAAGGUGGAGGAGCACGAGGAAAGCUUUGAGGAGAAACUGGUGUCCACCAAGAAAGUGGAGAAAGUCACUUCACACGCCGUGGUAAAAGAGAUCAAAGAGAGCGACUAAAAUCAUAGCUAAGUUACCAAAUCUCAAGAGCUUGGGUUGGUGCAAAAGGUUAAGCCAUAUGACAGCUGCAACAUGCAUGUGAGUGACGGCUUCAAAGCAGAACGGGUUCUCUCAUGGAGGCUCCAGACACACAGUAUCUUCCUUUUUUUGUGCAAUAUAGGGGAGGGGGGGGGAAUGCAUGCAGGCUCAAGAUGUACUCCCUCCACAGAACUUGGGAAUCUUUAAAAAAAAUAAAAUAAAAUAAAAUAAAACAAACAAAGAAAAAUAAACUCAUAAUAGUGCAUGAGAUGAAACGUGCAGAGGAAGCUUUUUUGGAUUUCCUGAGCUGUUGGAGGGAUGUAUCUGAGGAAUGACUUAAGAUGUAUUAUGCAAAGAACCAACUGAGCCAAAAAAAAACAAACUACAAACAGAAAACAGUAAUAGAAUAUUCAUGAGAACCAGAAGUCUCCUAGCCUUAAAAAAAAAAGCAAACAAGCUACUUAUAAAUAAUUAUGUUUACCUCACUGGUGCAAUUAGGGUGGACUUUUGCUCAUGGGAGAACCUAGUUGACAUGCACAGUAUGCAACCUUUUGUUGUUUGAUGUAAAAGUCACAGCAGUUCUUGCUCAAUAAAGGUCAAUA